AUGGGGACACCCUGGUUCUUUCUCUCUAAGGCCGAAGACUCCAUCACGUUUCUCACAGAGGCUGAGAUUCGUACACUUCACCGACGAUUUGGACACCCAGCAGUCCCUAGGCUAUAUCACCUUCUGAAGCAAGCCGGCCACAGCGACGUCUCGAUAGGCACAUUAGAGACUGUCUCUAAGUUCUGCCAUCACUGUCAAAUGCACUCGCAAGCCCCGAGACGCUUCAAAUUCACCCUCAAGGAUGACCAAGAGUUCAAUUACGAAAUCAUCGUUGAUGUGAUGUACCUAGGAAGCCCACAACGCCCUGUUUUGCACGUUGUGGACGCAGCCACUGCUUUCCAGGGAGCAAGAUUCCUACCCUCAAUGUCAGCUAAGGAUACAUGGGAGACCCUUCGGACCGCCUGGAUCGACACUUCCGCCAAGAAGCAAAACUCAUGGGGAUCAAAUGCUCUCAAGUGCCUGUUGAGACGCAUUGGUCCAUCGGAAAAAUUGAAAGAUAUCACGCCCCCCCUCCGACGCGCGUAUGACAUCCUAAACGCGGAACUAAGCAACGUCACCUCCGCCGAAGCAGUGCUCCAAAUGGCUGUAAAAGCUAUUAACGACACAGCUGGACCUGACGGGAUUGUUCCAACUUUGCUUGUCUUUGGCGCCUACCCUCGUUUAACUGCGGAAUCGCCCCCUUCUGCUUCUACCCUGAAAAGGUCGGCCGCGAUGCAGAAAGCGAUGAAGACGCUCCGCCAACUCUCAGCGGAAAGACAAGUUAAAGAUGCCCUUCGCACGCGCAACGGACCGUCCACCGCCGACGUUUUAUCCCUCCCACUGCAAAGUGAAGUUCGUGUUUGGAGAGAAAAAGACGGCUGGCAAGGACCUUUCAAGAUUGCUUCGAUUGACGGACAUAACGUCACGAUUGAUACAGUCAAUGGCCCCCAAGUCUUUCGUUCCACGCACGUACAGCCGUACCUGCGUGAUGACUCCACAAUCCCUCAAGUUCCUGCCCCUGCCCAGGACGAAGAAGAAACCCCUGCCCGACCUGACCCCCCGGCACCCCGCAAGAGAGGACGCCCACCCGGAUCCAAGAACAAGCCAAAGGAUUUGAUCAUGAUGACCGCUCCUCCAGGCCAAAGUUUCCUGACUCAGAAGGAAGAAGAUGCAUACGCUUUAUCCAUCAAACUCAGGAAUGAAGGCAUCAUCACUGCUCCCGGCGCCCCAUUUGAAGAAUCCGAUAACAUCGAGAUCACUGACCUCGUAGGACGAGGUGUAUUCAGCUUUGAACGAUAG